AUGGAGGACAAGAUUGAUCUGGCUUCGAGAUCCAUGGAGGUUGGAGGUGAACCCCUCAGCAAAAAUGCUGCUAAGAGGGAGGACAGGAAUAGGCGCAAGGAAGAGGAAAAAGCCAAACAAGGUCCAAAGGCCAGCUCCCAAAGCCAGAAGACAAUGGCAGAAAACGAUGAUAUGGACCCAACUCAAUACCUUGAGAACAGAUUGAAUUAUCUUGCAGCAGAGAAGGAGAAGGGAGAGAAUCCAUACCCACACAAGUUUUCUGUGUCCAUGUCAGUCUCUGAAUACAUUAACAAGUAUACUAGUUUAAGCGACGGAGACCAUGUUGAAGACGACCAAGUUUCUAUAGCCGGACGGAUCCUGAGCAAGAGAUGUUCAUCUUCCAAGCUUUUCUUCUAUGAUGUGCAUCAUGGUAGUCUUAAGGUCCAAGUCAUGGCUGAUGCAAGGAAGUCGGAACUGGAUGAAGCUGAGUUUGCAAGGCUCCAUGCAAAUGUCAAGCGUGGUGAUUUCGUCGGUGUCACUGGAUUUCCAGGAAAAACUAAGAGGGGAGAGUUAAGUAUCUUCCCAAGAUCUUUCCUUGUCUUGUCUCAUUGCCUCCACAUGUUGCCGAGUCAAAAGGGUCAUCUCAAGAAACCCGAACUCUGGUCUCCAGGAACCCCAAGGAAUCCAGAAACAUAUGUUCUUAGAGAUAUGGAAACUCGUUAUCGCCAGCGUUAUCUUGACUUGAUGCUGAACAACGAUGAGGUUCCCAAGAUAUUCAACACCAGAAAGGAUAUAUGCAAAUACAUAAGCAAAUUCCUUGACGAUCUGCAUUUCUUGGAGGUUGAGACUCCAAUGCUGCACAAGAUUUCCGGAGGAGCAGCUGCGCGUCCAUUUGUGACGCAUCACAAUGAUCUGAACAUGAAGCUGUCCCUGCGGAUCUCACCUGAGCUGUUUCUCAAGAAGCUCGUUGUUGGUGGCUUGGACCGUGUUUACGAGAUUGGAAAGCAAUUCAGGAACGAAGGGAUUGACUUGACACACAACCCCGAGUUCACCACUUGCGAGUUCUACAUGGCUUACGCGGACUACAAUGACUUGAUGACAAUGACCGAGGACAUGUUGAGUGGUAUGGUUAAGGAGUUAACCGGUGGUUACAAGAUCAAGUACCAUGCUAAUGGGUAUGAUAAGGAGCCUAUUGAAAUCGACUUCACUCCUCCUUUCAGGAGGAUUGACAUGGUAGGUGAUUUGGAGAAGAUGGCGAAUCUGAAUAUACCGAAAGAUUUGUGUAGCGAAGAAGCUAACAAGUAUCUGGUUGAUGCAUGCGCGAGGUUUGAUGUCAAAUGUGCACCUCCUAUGACAACGGCUCGUUUGUUGGAUAAACUUGUUGGACAUUUUCUGGAAGGGACAUGUGUGAACCCAACUUUCAUAAUGCACCAUCCGGAGAUUAUGAGCCCCUUGGCUAAAUCACACAGAUCCAUCAAGGGCCUCACUGAACGUUUUGAGUUGUUCAUCAACCAACACGAACUUUGCAAUGCCUACACUGAGCUGAAUGACCCUGUGGUACAGCGUCAGCGUUUUGCUGAUCAGCUCAAGGAUCGACAAAGUGGAGAUGAUGAAGCGAUGGCAAUGGAUGAGAGCUUUUGCACAGCUCUGGAGUAUGGCUUGCCUCCAACAGGUGGAUGGGGAUUGGGAAUAGACCGGUUGGUUAUGUUGCUUACCGACUCACAAAACAUUAAGGAGGUAAUUCUUGACCCAUUGAUGAGGCCUCAGGACGAGCCAGCUACUGCAAAAGCUCCAGUAGAAGCAGCUGCUACGGAGAAGAACAAGUCUUGGGAAUUGCCACCAUUGUUGAGCUCUUUUGGGAAAACUAAAGAGUCUAUGGGUUUGAUAACUUUUGUUUUUGUAACUGGUUUUGUUUUGGGUUCUUCUCUCAGACUGUUCUGA